CGCAUGCGCAGUGGACGCUGAGCGCUAUGGCCGAGAGUUUGAAGCUGGAGCGGGCGGUGGAGGCGCUGGCGCUGCUGCUGGGGAGCCCCGGAGGAGGCACCGGAACAGAUACAGGUUCUCUCCAGAUGGCAAAACAUGCAGCUCUGCUCGAAACCUUAAACUCCAACUUGGCUGCUUUAGAGGAAAAGCUUGGUCAGGAUCCCCAGUGGAAUGAACUGCGGAGCCUGAGAGCUGAAGUCAGAGAGCAGGCUGCUUGGCUAGAAAGCUCUACAGAUGUGACCUGGAGUUUUACUUGUCAAGUCCUGCUAUUGCUGCUGAGUUUGAAAAAGUGCAUGAUCCUCCUAGCUGCUGCUUAUCAUCCAGCCAAACCAAACCCUAGGACUGCUGAAGCUGCUCCUGCUCUCAGCCCUGACACGCUCAGUAUCUCCCAGCAGAAGACUGUUCAGUCUGCAUUACAGUUUGUGAUUACCUUGGGCCUUUGUCCAUAUCUCUUGCCCGGGGUUGGAAUCCCGCUGAAGCACAGGACAGAGUUCAGUGCUGUUGUUCAGGAUGUGGUAUCUCCCAGCACUGCCCCCAAUACUCUGCAUCGGCUCUAUGCCAGCUGUACUGCACUGCUGCAGAUUGCACAGCACCCAUCUUUGGGCAGCCUCAUCCUUACCCGCCACCUUGGGGAUCUCAUCGCAGGUCUGUGCCAGCUUGGAUUCUGCCCAACCAAAGGAAAGAGGGAGCAAGCCAGGCCACUGAAGCAACUAAAGCUCCUCCAGUUCAGAAACUCUCAUCUCAAAAGCUCAUCUUGGGUCUCUGAGAGCCGCAAACUGCUUGCACCAAAUGUACAUACACCAUCUGUCCGGAAGGGCCUUACAGAAGAGCAGCGAACCCACUGCAGGGAGGCCUUGAAGAGUGUCUUGGAUCGAGUCUACCAACCCCUAGUGGUCCGGGAACUGCUUGUUCUCCAGGGUGGAUCCAAACAGGGCCUGCAGUUCCCUGGACAAGAGGUGAAGCAGCCGCUUGCCCAAGCCCCAGCUUGGCUUCGGCGUCUCUGCGGACAGCUGCUCUCAGAGAGGCUGAUGAGACCCAGUGGGGUUCAGGCUGUUGUCCGGGGCAUCAUGGAGGGAGCAGGAACUGGUGGCAGCGGCGCUGAAGCAGCAGCUGCAGAUUGGAGAAAGUGUGACAUGGUUGCUAGGAUCUUGGCCUCCUGUCCUCAGCAAUCUCUGUCCCUGGAGGAUUACUAUCGACAGGUGUGCCCACAGAUUCUAGACUUACUGCAUAUUCAGGAGAAGUUGACAACACACCAGUUCCAGAGAGUUGCCACCACGGCUCUUCUAACCAUGGCCAGAGAACAUCCUCAGCUGGCAGUGAAAUAUUUGCUCCAUCCCAUGCUAGCACCACUUCUCCAAUGCUGGGAUAUGGCAGAGGUGGCAAUGGAAGACUUACCUGCAGGGACUGUGCUGGUGAAAGAGGCAGAGCUCAGCCGCUGCGUGGAAGAUGUGUUCAAGGUGUAUGUGGUUGGGAAUGAGCCCUCUGAUGUGUUGCUGGAAUCUUUGCAGCCAGCUCUGGGAGUGAUUUUCUCUCUCUAUUGUUUCACCAAGCAGAACGUGUCUCACUUACGUUCACCAUGCCAGGAGAUUUUAUUAUGGGUCUUGGAGAAGUCAGAGAGAAAGGUGGCGCUCUCCAUCCUGGAAGGGUUUGCAGGCCUGGGUAGAACCAUGCAGUUUCUCCAUCCGCUGUGCCAGUUUCAAAUAGCUGGUGGAGGUGGUGCCGUGAUCACUGUCAAAGAGACCAUCAGUGAUGAGGAGGAGGCGCUCUACCAGAAGGUCUCGUCGGAGCAGUGGCAGAUGGAGCAGUUGGUGGGCCUGUUAACUCACUGCCAGAAGAGCGGCUUAGCUGGAGACCUCUUCAUCUGCUGUUUAAAGGAGCUGACUCACGUGGCUGCAAAGGAUGAGUCUGGCUCGGAUGCUGUUCCCCUCUCCUGUGAGAGUCUGGUGGAGCUGGAGCAAUACCACAGUCAGCAUCUUGUGGGGCAGAAGAAGAAGCUGCUCGUUCUGCAGCUGGUGGCCAUGCUGUGUGAGCGCGUCUCAGACACUGUGUUCACAGACAUUGUCCAGGUGGUGGAAUUUGUGGCAGUUACCUUGCAGCGGGCAUGUGCAAAUCUUGCCCAGGGUCCAGAGGGCACUGUGGAAGCACAGACUCUGAGCAUGUCCAUGGGACUAGUGGCUGCCAUGGUAGGAGGGGCAGUGCAGCUGAAAUCGGGUGACUUUGCCUUUCUAAAGCAGUUGGUGCCCCUGUUGGAGGAGAUCUCCCGCAUUCAUCCUGAACCUGUCAUCCAGGAGCUCGCUGCUGAUCUGCGCAUCACCAUCUGCACUCACGGAGCCUUCUCCACCCAAAUGGUUGGCACUGCUGCCCACAGCACCCUGGGGAAAAGUAUAGGGUCAAACAGGUCAGGAGGACAGACCCACGCAAACCCCACAGAAAGUCCUGAGGACAAAACAGCCAGGCUCAGCCUGGGACCACCACAGAAUAAUGAAAAUUGCAGCCACACAAACAGCAGUAUGGCCAGUAACCACAGUCCUAAAGGAAAGAAUGGGGACUCCACCGUGCAGAAAGAGUGCCCCGCUGGGACUCCUACAGCAGCUCUCAGCCCACAACAGCUUCAGGAGCUCCUCUUAUCAGCGUAUGACCCUGAAAUCCCAGUACGGGCAGCUGCCUUGCGGGGUCUUUCCCGCUUGAUAGAGCAGAGAGAUCCAGACGGACUUAAGGCUCAGGAGAAACUCCUCAAGGUUUUCCUGGAAAAUAUGGAACAUGGGGACUCCUUUGUGUACCUUUCUGCUAUUCAAGGUGUUGCCCUUCUGUCAGAUGUGUACCCUGAGCAAAUCCUACCCUGCCUGCUGGCCCAGUAUGGCUGUGCUUCACCAGGCACCAGAGGACCCCAGACUGCAGAGACCAGGAUGAAAGUGGGAGAGGUGCUGAUGCGGGUAACCCGGGCACUGGGGGACAUGAGCUGCCAGUACAGAGCUCCUCUGAUUCAUGCAUUCCUAAGAGGAGCAAGAGACCCGGAUAGCACCCUGAGGGCUAGCAGUCUGUCCAACUUGGGAGAGCUGUGUCAGAGACUUCACUUCCAGCUUGGCUCCGUGGUUCAGGAGGUGACCUCCUGUUUGACAGCCAUAGUUAAGACAGACAGCGAGGCUGAAGUCCGAAGAGCUGCUGUCCAUGUGGUGGUGGUGCUGCUCCGCGGGCUCAGUGAGAAAGCAACUGAGGUUCUCAGGGACGUGUUGCGGGAUCUCUACCGCCUCCUGAAAUCAGUGGUGGUCUCGGACCGUGAUGAGGUCACUGUGCUUCAUGCCCAGCUGGCCUUGGAGGAGCUUGAUGACAUCGUGAGGAGGUUCUUGUUCCCCCCUCAGACCCUACAGAAGAAGCUCAUGGUCCUGCCCUAGCGAGACAGACAGGCCAGCAGGAUCGAGUGCCCCCAGCCCGACUUCCGCAGCUCGCGGUCUGUGCCAGCGCGCCGUAGCCAGGAGAGACUGGGAGUCCUGCGCCCACUCCUGCCUCCCGCUUUGCUGAGAGCAUUUAACGCACUCUAGGAUGUGCUUAGAAUUUGCUAGUCCUCGUGAGGCUCCUGCCCCAGGCUGUGAGACUUGGAGCCUGCCUGCGUGUGUUCUGGCCUGUCUGCCUUGGCUAUAAAUGAGGCUCCGUGGAAUCUGCAAGAAUCAGAAAGUCGCCGUGAGGGCUCUUUGCCUGUGCAGACUACAGCACUGCUUGGGGCCAGCACAGCUACAGAUGGCAGCUUCUCACAGGGACGAGCAUGCCAGGAACUCGUGCAGGGAGUCGCUUCUAAAACCAAAACCAAACUUGUACUGAACCCAAAUGCAGGGCAGGAAAAAGUCCCCACCUGUGAAGAAUCCAUUUGCUCUGCCCUCCAUUCAUGUUUAACAGGACAGCUGCCAAUGAAACCACCGGCCUGUCACAGCGAGGAGGCAGUGGCACCGGGGCGGCCCCGGCACAGGUACCUCCCAGAGGGUUCAGCCGGCCUGCCAGGUGCAAAGCCCCCUCGGCUCCCCCCAUGUGCUCAGACUGAGGGAACUCGCUGCUCAAAAUGCAGAGACAUUAAAACGACAGCCUCUCUCCAGGCCCGUGGGACUGGCUCCUUGGCGAGUGGUGAAAGGCAGGGACUGGAAGUCAGUUCUCCUCCACUCCCUGCGUUUGACCUGCACUGGGGGCUCUCAGGCAUUAGCGCUGGGGUGCCUGGUGGGGUGGGGUACGUUUGACGUUUUUAACAAUAUCUAAACUCUGGGCCAACUUUGUCGUGCCAGGGCCCCUCUAAGCUGGCUAUAAAGGACCUCUGUCAGUGUCACUACAUGUAAAGUCAACCUGCAUGGGCAGAGGGAGGGGCACGGCAGAGCAUGCUCUCCUGCUGUCCCUGGAUAAAGAAGCUAAGUUGGCAUGGUGAAGCUUGCCCCCCGUGCCAUACUGGAGAGCACAGCCCAGCACAAGUGAGUGCCCGAGGCAGGGAAAUCGGAGGAAAUGGAUUUGUUUUCACUUGCAGAGGGGAGGGAAGGGAAUUGAUCUGGACAGUGCCCUGGGAAAUGCAAAGUAGGAUCCAGCCCCUCCUUCCCACGCAGCCUGGUGUCUGACACUUCCGGUGCCCCAGGGCUGCACAGUCAGGGUGGGUGUGAGGCAGCACGCAGACCGCAUUAGUGCUGAUCUGUGAGACAGGCCCAGCCAUGUCAAGCCUGCAAGGCCUGUGUUCUCCCACCCUGCCCAAGGAGCAGGUCAGCGCUCCGCUGGCAGGAAGGUGCAGCUUUCCAGUGGUGACCUGCUGAGUUCUCCCUCCCUUUGUGAAGUGCUUUGGGAUCAGCAGGUGUGAAGACCUGUUUGAGAGCUCAGGGCUGCUGCUGCUGGGCUGGGGGGAGCUGGCAGCUGCAUGGGUUGCUGCCUACUACAAGCAGCCUUGGCAACUCUUUAAGCCCCGCUCCUGGAGCCAUGUGACUGCAGGAGACUCUCAGCUGUGUGUGAUUUAAAAGGAGGUUUGUGGCCCUCGUGGCGGGGGAGAAGAGCUGGAAAUGCGAGGCCAGCUCAGGCCCCAGAAGGCAAAGAACCAGAGCCAGGUUCAGUCUUUGUCAAACUCUCCUGAACAAAGCCUAUCUCGUGUGUUGGG